UAAAGAUAUAUACAGUUUGCUUCUAGUUAAAAGUUGUAAAACUUUUGCUCUAAUUUUUUGUAUAUUUUUGUUUGUAAUAAUUUUUUUUUUUAAUUAAUGAAAACUAAAAUUGAAUAAGUAAACCUUUAGAGAAAAUAACACUUUUGAAAUGAGCGAUAAGCAAAAAGAUCAAAAUUUUUCACAAGUCCUUGAUGAUGACAAUCUCAUAGAAUCAAAUAACGAUGUGCUUUUGCAAACAAUAAAAAUGUUGUUGCAAAAUGAAAAAGUUUUGAAAACUACACAUGGAGCAGCACUGACAUUAGAUAAUGAAGGAGAUGAACGAUUCAAAUACUUUCCUCAUGUACCGUUAGAAAAAGCAAUUAAUAAUUAUCCUAUCCGAACAGUUUUGAAAGCGCAACAAUCGAAAAAAUCGAAUAGGAUUAGGAAAAAUCGUCCUAACAUGACACAAUUGCAAUAUCCUUUAAAUCUGCAGGAUUUCAUUAUAAACAGAGAUUCUAUGACAUUGUGUAAAUCAGCUGGUAACUUUAAGCUUAACAGUUCCGAACAAAUGGAUAAGAAUAUGGAGAACGAUUUUAGGAUUUCGGAAACAAAUACUAUUUCAUCAUGUGAAUCUAACAGAAAACCUCUAAUUUCAAUUUUAGAGGAAACUGACAAAAUUGAUUUUGUUAACUCACAAGAACAACAGGAAUUUUUCGAAAAAACACUGAUUGCAAAUCAGAAUAACAAUAGUCUUUUAAAAGCAAAACGGAGCAAAUCAUUUAUUAUGUCAAAUUCAAAAAUAACUAAACUAUAUGAUGAGUUUAUCAGAGAUGACACAGAGGAUUUCAAUUCUCCUAUCAGGAUUCGAAACACUUUUUUAAACAAAAGUUUAACUAAAAGUGAAAAUUCAAGUCUUUCGGAGAGGAACUCAGGCUUUCUGAAAGCAAUUGCAAUAAUCAAGAAACAAUGUUCAUUUUGCAAGAAAAAUUUUAGAAAAUUGAUUACUGAGCACAUAAUCGAAAGAUUCGAAGCAAUAGCAAAUAAAUUCUUCCUAAGGGAUCUGAAAGUUCAUAUACAGCACGUAAGUUAUGGUUUCAUUCACUUAAGUCUAACUGAUUCUAUAUCAGGACUACCAGUGCUCUGUGUUAUAACAAAUAAUGCCGGACUUCAAGAAGCCACAGAAUUUGGUUUAUACGAUAGAUUCCAAGUAUAUCAAAGGACUUGUGAUUUGUAAAAAUUUAAGUGCUAAAUAUUUCUUGAAUAUAGUAGUUUUAGUAAAAACAU